UUCAUAUUUGUUUCAAGUACGUGCGCGGGUGGUGUCAGACUCGGAAUCAACCAGACCGCAGGAGACACUGUCGAUCACGAUCGGAACCCAUCAAACAAUGCGCAGGCCACGUACUAUCAGAGUCGCGCUCAUUGCCUCGGUCAGACGCGCCAAGUGACUGUCUAUCAGCGCUUAAUCACGAGGGGCACCAUCGACGAGCGUAUCAUUCAG